AUGGAGAGUUACAAAUGCAAACUUUGCACAAGAUCAUUCACCAGUGGCAGAGCACUGGGUGGCCACAUGAAAGCUCAUUUCGCCACCCUCCCUCACCACCACCGUACUCCUCCCUCUUCUUCUACCUUACUCUCAUUUUCUUCUUCUCAUGAAAAUUCAGAUGAGAAAAGUGUAACCAAUCUUUCAGAGUACAUUGUUCAUGACAGAGAGAGUGAAACCGAGUCAAAGAACCCCGCUCAGAAACGAUCCAACAGUAACCGAAACCGAAACUCAGAACAAAAGAAGCUUAAACAGAGGUUAAUAGAUUCGCAUUUUCAUUCACAUUCACCGGUUAGUUCGAUUUCUGAAACCUCUCCGGAAAAAGAACUCGCUAAAACUCUCAUGAUGCUAUCAAGAGAUAAAUGGAAGAUGAAUGUUUUUGUCAAAGAAGACUCACAAUCCCAAUCACACGAAGUUGAAGAGAUCGAGUUCAGAAAGAAUAGUAGGAAGCAUAAAUGUGACGAAUGUGGACAGAACUUUCGAAGUUCAACUGCAUUGAAAAGUCACAGAAACAUUUGUCUUCAAAAUGAAGUUGCAACAACCCGUAAUGAUCAUAAAAUAUUCAAAUGUUUGGUUUGUUCUAAGGUUUUUGGCUCCGGUCAAGCAUUAGGUGGUCACAAGAAAUCUCACCUUCAUCCAUCUUCGAAGAAAAAACUCUGUUUCAUCGAUCUCAACUUGCCACCAUUGCUACAAGAAAAUGAUGCUCGCGAUCAAUGUGUUUUUUAUGAGUAA